AUGUGCUGCACAGCACCAUCUACCUCGCACAGCACGUGCUGUUGCGGGCCUGGAAGGCCGGUUGGGUUGAAUGGUACUGAUGGUACUGUGGAUCAACAAAUUGAGCAGGAUGGUACUGGUAGUACUGAAAAGCCACAAUUUGGUCAGAAGGGUACUAAUGGUACUGAAAGUCAACAAUUCGACCAGGAUGGUAAUGAUGGUACUCUAAGUAAAAUUUUUGAUCAAAUUAGUAUUGAGGACCAAUAUAGUACUACAAAUCAACUUUUUGGUACCCCUGGUACUUUAAAUCAACGUCCUUAUAAACCAGGGGACCAAAAUCGAAAUUUUUGUCAUCAUGACCAAAAUAUGUCAUCCAAUGGCAAAUUACAGUACGAAAAAGAUGACAUAGGGUUAGAAGACGACAUUUCAUCAUACGAUGACAUUUGCUGUCGUAUGAAUCAGAUCUCAUGUAGUACUACAUCUGUUCAAGCAUCUAUAGCACCUUCAAAGCAAGUUACAGUACGUCCAAGAACAGUGCCGUACAGGCGAUACAACAACAAUGAAAAGUGCUUUAGUACUCCAUGGUACCAUACAAAUGAAGAAGAUGGUACAGAAAGUGCAGAUAAUUUCUACAGUAACCUUGUACAGUAUGAACCAACGGCAAUUACUUUACAGUAUAAGUCAGCAUCAAAAGGCUUACAGUAUGACCCAACAUCAGAACCUCUACAGUACACUACUACUUCAAAAACCCUACCGUAUGACAUAGAAGAUCUACCUCAUUCAAGUACACCACCAAGCUACAGUAAGCUCAAGAACAACACCUAUGUAAACCAACACACCACAGAUGGCACAGAAGAUCAAACUCAAGAUACGACGAUCACUGAGCUAGAAAGACAAAUUCUACUACAGAAAAAAAGAAGACUUCAACGAGAGCUAAGAAGAAUCGCAAAGAAAGAAAAGAAAGAAAGAAAAUUAGUAAGUCAUUUUUAGAAAAAGAUUUUGAUUUUUUAGCAAUUACUUUCUUUACAAAAGUUUUAAAGUCGUAUUUCUCGUAUAAUUUGUCAUCCGCAGGCUGCAAAAUAAAACUUUAAAACUUUGUGUUAAAAUAGCAAAGACUUUCUUUACAAAGAGUAUUUUUUUAAAAACGGCAAGAACUUUGUUUACAAAACCCUUAAAAACGCAGCCAUCGUAUAAAUUGUCACCCGCAGGCUGCAAAACUAAGCUUUUUUUUGUGUUUUUACGUAAAAUGGCUAGAACUUUCUUUGCAAACAACAUUUUUUUUGAAACGGAAAGAACUUCAUUUACAAAACCUAAUUUUUGAAAAAAUGGCAAGAACUUUCUUUACAAAACAAAUAACAGCAAGAGCUUUCUUUACAAUUUUGGCUACAAAAAGCAAAAGCUAAUUGACAAGUUGUACCUAACCUUUAAAAACUUGUUAUUACCUUUUCACUACAAUUUCUUUUCAAAAAUUCAAAGAAAAAUUGUAUUUUCAAAAAUAACUUUUGAGCUCGAAAUUGUAAAUGUAAAGCGCAGUAAACACUCGGUGUAGUUUUUCUGUCUUAAUUGGGGGCCUGUUUACAUUUAUAAUAUUAAGGCAUGUGACAUGUUUUGCAGAAUUUUGAAAUUUUGGGGUUUGGGCGCAAGAACUUUCUUUACAAAAUCAAAAAUGGCAAAAACUUUCAUUACAAAUCAAAAAAUGGCAUGAACUUUCUUUACAAAACGAGAAAUUGCAAGAACUUUCUUUACAAAACCCAAAAUGGCAUGAACUUUCUUUACAAAACGAGAAAUCGCACAAAUUUUCUUUACAAAUCAAAAAAUGGCAAGAACUUUCUUUACAAAAUAAGAAAUGGCAAGAACUUUCUUUACAAAUAAAAAAAUGGCAAGAACUUUCUUUACAAAACAAAAAAUCGCAAGAACUUUCUUUCCACCGACCAAAAACCGGUCGAUUUGUUGCGUUUCCUUUUAAACACGCAAUGACUUUGUUUCCGCGCUAAUCCCCCCACUGUUAUAAAUUGGCAGUAAUACGAAACGACAUUACACCUGUUACCUUCGCAAGAUACGAAGAUUACUAAUAAGCGUUAAGCCGGAUCGACCGAAGUGAACUCGUUUUGCAAAUAAGUGUAAACAAGGCUAUUCGACUUGUUUUUGAAACUCGAGCCGAAUCUAAAUUUAAAUUCGUAAUUUCAUAUCUAAUUAGGCAACUUUGGGUGUCAAGAGUGUUUGGGCGGGGGAAAGGUUCUUUGUUUUGAGGUUUUGGACUUUCCUGCGGAUUACUAUUAGGUACCGACAUAAAGAACCCGCCAUUUUUUACAGGAAAUUACAGGUAAAGUAUGGCGGGUUCUUUAUGUCUGCGCCUAAUGUUACAGUAAAACUUCUCUAACGAAUCGCUGAGAUUUAAAACGAGUUCGUUAUGAGAGGUUUCGAUAUACAGAAGUGCUUUAAACAGUGGUUUCACUGUAUCACCAAAUGCUAUGUUUUGCAGCCGGCGAGUGACAAGUUAUACGAUGAACAUUUUUAUUGCAAUUAGGAAAAAAGUUCUGCUCUAUUCUUAGUCUAUGCUUUAACCUAAGCCUAAGCCUAAGCUUAAGCCUAAACCUAAGCCUAUAGCAAAGCGUAAGCCUAAGCCUCAGCCUAAGCCUAAGCCCUAGCCCAAAGAACUAGCUCAGAGCCUUUGCCUUGCCUUGCCCUAAAUUACCCUAUCUUACUUUACCCUACUCUACUUUACUCAACCUUACUUAUCUCUGUCCAGCGAUAAUUUGUUACCGUAUCUAUUCUUCACGAUUCUCAAUAUUACUGUAGCCUUUCUCUUUUCUCCAACCUCAUUAUAUUACUGUAAUCUCUUUAUUUCUCCAGAAACCGUUUAGUCAAUGUCACGACAUUUACCGUGGCCCCCCUAAUCUCUGUGUUUCUCCGGGAUUAGGCCACCGAAUCAUGUGGCCAUAUUAUCUGUUCUGAACACCCACUGAAAGCCAAAACUGAUUGUUUCGUUUUUCGGGAUUAAAACGCUCGAAACACACCGUGUUACGUUGCGUUUACUGCAAAUAUUUUAAAGAAUUUUGGUCGAAAUUUUAAAGUCAAAAAGAAAGUUCUUGCAUUUUCUGUUUUGUAAAGAAAGUUCUUGCCAUUUUUUGUUUUUUAAAGAAAGUUUUUAGCUAUAUUUCAAUUUGUAAACAAAGUUAUUGCGAUUAUUCUGAAUCCCCUGGUUACAGUGUACUAUUAUUUACCUUGUGACAAAGUUUAGUUAAAUUUUUACUGCUGGAAACAAAGUUAUUGCGUUUUUUCUGCACCGCGGUUUCAAAAUGUCUAUUAUACGCUUUGUUGCUAAAUUUUGUGAAAUUCAGACGUAUGUAAACUAAGUUUUUGCGUUUUUAUUGAACUAUAUUUUAAAAAUGUUUCUUGUACGCCAUGCGACUAAUUUAUAAUUAAUUCUGACGUCUGGAUACAAAUUUAUAGCGCUUUUUGUGAACCAUAUGAAAACAGUUUCAAUUUUUCACCUGGUAACAAGUUUCAUUUAGAUUUUGUUCGUUGUAAACAAAGUUAUUGCGUUUUUUCUAAACUACGCUAUGAUAAGGUCUAUUAUGCGCCUUGGGGUUCAAUUUUGCUAGAUUCUGGCAUCUGUAAAGAAAGUUAUUGCAAUUUUUCUGGGCCACGCUAUAACAAGGUAUAUUGUGCUCCUUGUAGUUAAAUUUUAAUUAAUUAUGACAUUUGUAAAGAAAGUUAUUGCGGUUUGUCUAAACCUUAAAAAUUGGUCUUUUUACGGUUUUUUUUAUUUGCUUUAAUGGAUCAAAUUUCAGUACGCACCUCAAAAGCCGCCUCGAGGCAUGAAACGGAGACGAAAGCCGGCCCCAACCCUUUCCAGGUUCAACUCAUAUUUCUACAUAUUGUUGUUGUUGUUCAUGAUAUUCACGUCUUCAUGUUGUCAUGUGCUAGAAACUGGAUCUCAAAAUGGUUUAGCUGGUCUACAUAGCGGUCCUAGUGGUAUUGGUAGUAUGAAAAAUGGUCCUAUUAGUACUCGUAGUAUGAGGAAUAAUUUUGGUAGCAAUGGACCAUAUGGUACUCAUAGUGCGUAUAGUACUAAGAAAACUUUCGAAGCAAAAGAUGCCUACAGUAAUGCUGAUGGUACUGGUGAUCCUACUAGUCUUGGCAGUACCAAAAACCAACAAAGCGUCGGAGAUCUACAACAAAAGUCGCCCAAAACCAGCGGAAUCCCAGAAAAAGGUGACAUAAUUUACAAAACUCGUCUAAAAGCCAUCUUAGCCAAACUGCCCGAAGCUGAAAAUGGUGUUCAGCAUAGUCCAAACCUUCUGCUUCAAAACCCACGCGACCAGGAUUCUACGUCUAGUCCACUUUCCACAAUACAACCAGUUGAAGAUGGUGCACUUGGCGAAAAAUCGACAAAAUCCAAGCGCACGGUCCAACAAAUCGGUCAUCUGGACGAGAACGGUCGAAUUGUAGUCGAUAUGAAAGUGGACACACCAAAGCUUUUUGAAACUCCAGAAGGCGUGAAUCUUAAAAAUGGGCCAGUCCGGCUGGAUUCGGCCGCUGCGGCCGCUCUUUUGAGUAACGACCCGGAAGCGUUGGCGAGAUUGGCCAAGAUUUCGGGGAAAGCGGUGGAUCAAUUGAGCGGUUCUGAAUCGACCAGUAAACCUAAGUUAGGUAAUGGCUUUGUAAAUAAUGGACAAAAGAAUGGCGGUUCAGAUGAUAAGAAAAAAGUAGAUGAAAAAUCGACCGGUCGAGAGAAAUUAGCUGAAAAUGCGGCUGAAAGUGGUGAAAAUGGGCAAAAGUUGGAGAAAAACGCCAAAAAUGAUGACAAAUCAGCUGGAAUUGAUGACAAAAAUUCAGAAUCUGCUUCAGAAUAUGAAAAAGUAGUCGAUUUGCCAACAGAUUACGAUCUAAAAUCGAAUGAAUCAAACAACGCGGAUGAAGAGUCGACCGAUGAACAUCAAGAUAUCGACAUUUUUGGCUUUUCAAAGCCCUCGUACUCGAUAUAUUUCAAUCGCACUGUUCACAUCAACAACAUAACUCAUGCUGAUGUUAUCAGUGAAGGCAUUUUUGAGUUUUACAAGCUGAAUUCUACAGUAAAAAGCUUGGGUUUGGUGUGUAGUAUAAGUUUUGAAGGCUUGAAAAUGGUGGAGAACACGACUGCAAAGGUUUUUUGGACUGAUUUGCAAUCUAUGACAAGGUUAUCGAACACAUCGACGUAUAAUGUGAAUGGGAGUGAUAUGGAGAAUGUUAUUAAUACGGUAAGAUAUUUUUAAAAUUCCGAAAUUAGUAAAAAAUUGAUUUUAUUAAGCCGCGUCAAAAAGAAUUCAACUUUUUUGCUAUAUAAACACACUGAAAAACAACCAAUUCUUUUUGACGCGCUUUUGUUUUUUGGUCAUAAAGUUUGUAGAAGAAUGAAAAUUUAUAAGCUUGGUCAAACAGUAAAUAGAGCAGUUUUUUAGCUUUAGUUUGAGCCAGUUUUUUUUAACUUUUCUACAAACUUUUUGACCGAGAUAUAGCGAUUUGAAAGCGCCGCAUGGAGCAAAAAAAGUAUUUUUUUGUCCUUUUCUGUAAAGAAAGUUAUUGCAAUUUUUGAAAAAUAUUUUUUGUAAAGAAAGUUUUUGCAUUUGUUUCGAAACUUUAAAUUUUUUUUUAAAUUUUAAAAAUUAAUUUUUUCAAACUUUUCAGGGCAUAAGACCAGCUUGUACCGCAGUAAUGUCACUGGAGAAUAUGGAUGAAGAAGUUACAGUAUACUCAAGAAGCCUGACUUUUCAAGCCUUCCGGCCGUCUGAAAUCAAAAUCUGGCCAAAAAAGGUUUCGGCCAAGAAAUUCGCAAAAGUUCGAUUGGAAUGUGCCCACAACUACAGUGAUGUGGAGGACAUCUUCUGGUGGCACAACGAGAAGGCGGUUAAUCUGAGUGACGAGAGGUUUGAUAUGUAAGUUUUCGUGGUGGGAGCUGAUUUAAAUUUUUUUUUAAAAAGUAUGUUUUAAUAGGGCAUUCUGUAAUAGGGGAACGGUAAAAUACUGUAGGGUCGGGUAGGGUGUGAUAAGAUACUGUAGGCAAGAGUAUUGUAGAGUGAGAUACUGUAUGGUCGGGUAGAGAAUGAAAAGAUACUGCAGAGAAAACUACCGUGAGGUAAGGUACUGUAGGGUUGGGUGGGAUACGGUACUAUACAGUAGGGUAGGGUACUGUAGGGAAGAGUAUUAUAAGGUACUGUACGGUUGAGUGGGAUACGGUACGAUACAGUAGGGAAAGGUAGGGAAAGACUAGGGAAGAGAAUUAUAGGUUACUGUAGGGUCGGGUGGGAUGUAAUGGGAUACUGUAGAGUAAGAUGAGUUAGUGCAAGAUAAUAUAUAUAACAGUAGAAAAGAUACUGUAGAUAGGGUAGGGUAGGGUAGGGUAGGGUAUGGUAAGGUAAGGUAGGGUAGGGUAGGGCACAUUUUUCUAUCUUUGACAUUGUUUUGAUUAAAUGCCGUAUUUUACCUUUUUCUUCAAUUUCAGCUACAGUAACCCAUUGGCGGUGAGUGUGCUCUUCAUUCAAGAGAUCGAGCAAAAGCAUAUUGGUCUAUACGAAUGUGGCAUCAGACUCAAAAACAAUGUUACAGUAAAAGGCUACGAGAUGGCUGAAGUUACAGUACAACGCCAUGGUCAUGAUACCAUAAUACCACAAGAACCAGUAGCUGCACCAGAUACUGUGGAAGUUCGAGAAGGUGCACCACUGUUUUUAGAGUGCUGGGACGACCGAGUCGACAGCGUGUGGUACCGUAUUGGUGCUAAUGGUAAAGAAAUGGUCUCGAACUCGUCGGUUUUACAAAUUGAAAGUGUUGAGAGUGGUGAUAAGGGUAUCUAUGAGUGCUUUCAAACAGAUGGCAAUGACACGACACACAUCUUCAAAACUAACAUCAUUGUCAAACGUAUGUUUAUGUUUGCUAAACCUGUUAGGCUUGUUCGUACUAAGUAUAUGAUGAAUAGGCUGCUUCAAAGUCAGAGCUGAAGCCUAAGUUAAAUCUUAAGUCUAACAAUAGCCUGAGCCUAGUAAGCCUAAGCUUACUAAACCCAAGCCUACUAAACCCAAGCCUACUAAGCCUAAGCCUACUAAGCCUAAGCCUACUAAGCCUAAGCCUACUAAGCCUAAGCUUACUAAGCCCAAGCCUACUAAGCCUAAGCCUACUAAGCCUAAGCUGACUAAGCCCAAGCCUACUAAGCCUAAGCCUUAUACGUCUUAGUCAACCAUGCCUUAAUUUAUGAAGCCUAGGCCUAGUAAGCCAACGAUUUUUAAAGCUUAAUCUGUAUAAAGUUUAAUCUCAUACUAAUAUCCGAUAACUUAAGUACAUCUGUAAAAAUGUGACUAGUUUUUGCGCGGUAUGAUCUAAUAUUGCUGUUAUAAGUAGAUAGCCUUAGAGAAAUUACAAGAAAUCGUAUUACGCAACGUUUUCUUAUGUAAUUUUAUGGUUUUAUAUAAUACUUGCCUCGAUGUAAAACGACCCAAAAAAAUUACUGCGAGUGCUGGGAUCUUACUCUGCAUUUCCUCGAGGGUUCACUUAAAAACAUUCCUAAAUUUUUUAAAAAUCUUUAAAGCUAAGCCUAAACUUAAGUCUAAACCAAAUCCAAAUCCAAAGCCUAAACUUCAGACUAAGCUUAACCUACGCUCAAGCCCAAGCCUACUCUUAAGCCUAAAAGACUAAGCUUGAGCCUAGAUUUACAAUUAAAAUUAAGCCUGAGUUUCCGCUUAACCCUGAGCUAAAGCUUCAGACUAAGCCUAAAAAUUAAGCAAAGGCUUAUACCUAAAUCUGAGUCUAAGCCUAACACUAAGCCUAAUUCCCGACUUCAGCCUCACUUAAAGCUUAAACCUAAACUUAAGCCUAAGCCUAAAAAUAAGUUUAAGCCUAAGCCUAAGCCCAAGCCCUUAAAUCAAAGCCUAACAUUUAAAAUUUCAGCCCAACUAUUCGAAUACGAAGUAGAAGACUUUACCCUGAUCCAGAAGAACCAAGGUACUCCAGUCAAAAUCAUGUGUGAAACCCACCCUUCUCUGGACGAAACCCCAAGUAUGGCCAAAUGGUACAAGAACGGUCAAGAGAUAACGGAAAGAGAGAGAGUUUACAAGAGAGUCGAGGAUAUUGAGGAUGGCUUGGUCAUUGGCAAAGCGCUGUUCAUCUCUUUGGCACAGAAGAACGAUGAGGUAAGGAACUUUCUUUACAGCCAGUUUUGGGUUUCAAGUUUGUCAAAAUUUUUUUUGGUUUUUUGGUCGAUAAAUUUUUUUUUUGGUCGAUAAAUUUUUUUUCAAAAUUUUUUGGUCGAUAAAUAAAUUUUGGUUUGUUGGUCAAUAAUUUUUUUUCGCUCGAUAUUUUUUUAAAUAUUUUGGUCGAUAAAUUAAUUUUUAUUUUUUAGUCGAUAAUUUUUUUUUGAUUUUUUGGUCGAUAAUUUUACAGAAAAAAAAAUUUUCGGUCGGUAAAUUCAAUUAAAAAAUCAAUUUUUUCACUUUUCAUACCCAAACUCACGUACUAUAUUCCAGGGUAUGUACGAAUGUGUGAUCCGAAAGGACAAAGCCCAACGAGUACAGCACAACCUUCUACAGGUCAAAAAGUCCACAGAACUUGAACUCAAAAACCUUAAAAUGCUGGUAGAUCACCCCUCCGCGACUUUUCAUGCCCAUUUUGAUCUACCCGAACCUCUACAGUACUGGGACGGUCUAGUAUCCACCUACUUCCUCGUGUACCACACAGCUGAUGGUCAACGUGCGCUGAACGUGAUUCCAAAGCACGGUGCCAAGUGUACCGAAGACAAUCAUUGCACGAUGGAGGUACGACCACCGAACCCGCUUGACGUCGCUACUGACUAUACGUUCCGUAUCAGUAUGGUACUGAAUGAGAAGUUGUCGGUGAUAACACCCUUAUCAGCGCCGGUGAAUGCGACCAGUUGGGACGGUGUGGCCAGAAGUUCGUUGGAGCUGAUGUGGGGAUUCAAGGACGAGCAUUUGGAGAUCAAGUGGUCCAAGCCGAAGGUGCAGGGUGAGCUCAAGGACUACCAUAUGGACCUGUUCAACCUGUCACCAGCCUUGAACCUUGAAGAUGGAGCAGCUGAAGUGGCGUCGAGAGAGAAGGGUCAACUUCAGCGAUUCCGAGUGCUGAUCCCAGCCAACAAGACCAGUUAUCAGCUUGAUAUACCAGCACCAUUCGCUUUCAAAGUUCGUAUUAUACCAAGGACAAGGUCGUUGUUACCAUCGCCAUACAAACUAGAAUCCGUCCGUGAUUUCGGCUACACGCUCAUCGUGGUAAACGAAAAUCAACCGUUUGAAGUCGACUGGUCGAUUCCGGCUCCAAAGCCGAGGAUCUACCAAAUUGGUGCUGAGCCAAAGCUCAAGUUGAGGUUCAAGGAGCUGCCGAAGAAGGAUGAUCGUACUACAACAUCGAUCCGAGUGCAUUAUCGACCGUUGUCGAAUCUGUAUCAAGACGAGAACAAAGAAUCGAAUGAAGUCAUUGAUUCUGAAGUAGAUACCAAUCACUCUACGGUAGCUGAGUUCACGAACAACGUCAUGACGUUGACCGAAGGGCUCAAGGUCGGGACGGUGUAUCAGGUCUGCUCGGCUUAUGAAAAACGUGAAAAUUUGGAUGUUCCAAAGGACGGAAAUGCUGGUACUGUAGGUCAAAAUGACCGUAAUACUGUAGCGAAUAACAUACAUAACGCGGUCGAACAUGGUACUGUAAACAAUACUAAUACAACAAGUUUUAACAGCACAAUACCUGCAAACACACCUACUACAACAUCGUCGAAUAGCUCUGCUGUAAAAACCGCUAAUAGUACCAACCCUACAGUACUUCCAACAAACAGUACUGAUCUUGCACUACCCACAGUACCAAAAAUCGGCCUCUGGCACUGCCAAAAUGUACCACUUUUGGACCAAAAAGGCCGAGUACGUCAGCUGAAAGCGGAUGACUCCUUCUCACCAACUGCCAAACGAGAACCGAACCCAAUAGACUGUGCCAAGUUUGGAUACUGUAGAUGUGUUCAGUCCAGAGAUGACAUGUCGAUGAUGUUGGUCAGAUGGCCUCGCGAAGCUGUGGGUGAUCAUGCUGAUGUGGGAGGGUUUAUAUUACACUACACUUAUGAUGGACCGGAGGACCCUGAGGUUAAGAAGAAAAACGCGUAGGUUUUUUACCCUGCCCUACUUUCGCUACCCUACCCUACCCUACAGUACCCUACCCUACAGCACCCUACCCUACAAUACCCUAACCCACCACCACAGAAUCUUCCUUUAUCCUACCUUACUGUACAGUAUCUUUCUCUAUAGUAUUUUACCCUACCCUACUCUACAGUAUCAUGCUUUAAAGUAAUUUCCCGUAUAGUAGCUUAUCCUACUCCACCCUACAGUAUACUACUUUAAAGUAUCUUACUCUACCUUACCUAAGCCUACCCUAUUACGAUAUGACCUAACACACCUUUUCUCUAAAAACAUGGUCCCGCCACGAAAACUUACCUAUCAACUCUCCCAACCCUACUCUUUACCUUAUCCUACCCGACUCCACCUUUAAAAUUUUUAAUUUAAAAUUUUUUCAGUCAACUUUUCACCGAUGGAAACGACACCGUUACCUACAUCCAAAACCUGUUUCCCAGCUUCACCUACCGUGUCUCAAUCAACGUCUACAACUCGGACCUACAAGAGUAUCCGGGCACAGAAUUUCGCUGUAAGACCCCGGAAAGUCUGCCCAUUCCACCCCCAAUUGGCAUUAACAUAACCCAGCUGAGCGACCAUGUACUUCAAGUUUCGUGGCGACCUCCUAUACCUAAGAAGCUGCUGAACAAGGUCAAGACCUUCGAUGGGUACAACGUGCACUGGAAAAAGGUGGGACAACGUGAAGGGGCAGGUAGCUUCGUACAUGGUCAUGACGUCAACAACCAUAUAUUAACUACAGAGGCCGAAGACGAGUACGUAGUCUCCAUCACAAGUCACUCAUCAGCUUCUGGAGAAUCGCCAGUACGUUCGGAGACCGUGAGUGCUGUGGCCCGACCCAAAAGUGUACCAGACCACCACAUUCAAAAGGACCUGUACCAAGACGUGUGGGGGGACAACAUCAAGGUCAAGCAGUACCGUGAAGAGGACCACAUACCCAAGUUCUACCAGAAUGCCCACUUCCGCGAGUGGGUACUCAUCAUACUGGUCACGCUGCUCACCAUCGCCAUCUUCGGUACCAUCUUCAUGAUAGUCUACGUGCAGUGUGGUGAUCGGUUGUUCGGUAAGAACCGUGACGGUGACUUGUCCAGCUUGUCGAGCGGUCGAAGAAGUUCAGUCGGCUCAAUUCAGUCCAUUCAUGCCAUUACUGGACCGGGAGGGAAUGCGUUUGGUUUCAUUGGACUAGCCCAUCAUCUGGAGAUGCAGCAACUCCUCAACGAUCCCGAGUAUGAACCACCUCAGUUGAGUAGUCAGAACACGUUGUUGGACACGAAAGGACCGGUUGGGGGCAGGCUGAAGAAGAAGACCAACAAGCUGAUGAGUGAUCCUGGCCUAGCGAAAAGGUUAAUGGAUCUGAAUCAUGAUCCGACUGGACUGGGGAAGUCGUUCGAGGAGGUAUUGGAAGAUAUUGCGAGAGAGCAGGAGGAAAUGAUGGAAAGACGACGGUUGUCCGGGCAGAGUGAUCCACAUAGUCCUCAUGGCAAGGGGAGUGGUCAUAAGAAUGAAGGUGGUACUACUGGUACUGAUAAAAAUCAUAAUGGUACUACUAACAGCCAAAAGAAGGACAAUGGUACCAAUGUUGAUGAGAAGAACGAAAAUAACCAUAAAAAUGGUUCUACUGGUACUAAUGGUACUAAAAAUCACCAAAAUGAGCCCUCAGGUCUCCUCGACAAAAAUACCCGUACGAAUGGCUCUACUAGUCCUAAUGGUACUAAAAAUGACCAAAAACAACCCAUGGACAACUCCCACAAAAACUCAAACUCAGCCAAAAAAUCGACCGGUAAAUCAACUCAAAAUAAUCGAAAAUCAUCAGAAGAUGCCACAAAUGAAAGUGAAAAGCAGUCCCUACUAAAUGAAGACCAACAAGAUGAUAAUGAUAAGGAUUCUGAAAAAAAAUCAACCAAAAAGCCUGAUAUUAACCUAGAUUCUGAAGGAAAAGUUGAUGUUAACAUUGAUUCUCAUAGAAAACCUGAACUUUCUACUGAUUCUAAAACAUUAUCAAGCUCUUACACUGAUCUCAAGCCUCGAUCAAAGUCGAUUCUUGUCAAACCGACUUCAAAAACUAGCGGUAAAGCCAAUGGAUACCAGGGUAUAGCUCUGAAAAGUAGUACUACCAGCCUGCCAAACAAGUUUAUUCAAGUUGACAUUCAAGUUGUUGAUGAAACAGACCAUGGUGAACAUGAAGAAGAUUCUAAAGGCUUAUCAAGUGAUGUUAAUGACAUUAAAAAUGGGUCAAAAAGUCUUCAGAGCCUUGGAAAUGAGCCGAAAGUUGAGGAAAAUGGGCGAAAAAGCGAUGAAAAUAGGCCAAAAGGCGAUGAAAGUACCUCAAAAAGCGAUGAAGAUGCCCCAACAAGCCAUGAAAAUCAAAAUAUAAACCAACUAAAAGAUCAAAAUGAACUUGUAACAUCACCACAAAAUCAACAAAAAUCUACAACAUCAUUACAAAAUACCCAAGACCCCACCACAACAUCCCAAACCCAGCCUCAAACAACCCUUCGAGCUCACGAACCAUCUACAAUAACCAAGUCCAACUCUCUUGUCGGCUUCUCAAACCCAUCUUUAACUGAUCCUCAGCUAAGCCAAGACAUGUCCUCGUCUGACGGCAACAUUUGUCCACCAAUAACAUCGAGUCAACUAUUCAAACGACCGGCUUUGUCUUUCGACUCCUUCCCUGAAGAUGAACACAAGGCUCUACCUCAAGAUAGCCUAAGUCAUAAUGUCACGUUUGAUGAUAUGCCUCAUCGAAACACACACUAUGACAAUGUAAAUCAACAUAACAUCAACUAUGACAACAUGAAUCAACACAACAUAAACUAUGACAAUAUUGUCCACCCCCACCUCACCUACAACAAUAUCAACCAUGUCAUCCUCAAAAGCCAGAACAACAACCUAGAGCCAGUUGAAAGGCGUCGUUUGAAGACAGGCCUAGAGCCAGAGAUACCGAAUAACAACGCCGUUCACACCAGCUCAAUGCCGAAUCUUGCGGAUUCUGGAAUCGUGUACGAUGACUGUGGGAAUCAUAUUGGCAUCAUGAUACCGUUACAUACCAUCAACUCGGAGAAAAUACUACGCAAUUUUGAUUUGGAGAGAAGAUGGUGAGUUUAAAAUGAAAUUUAGCCUACAAAUGCUGCUACUUUUAGCCUAAAAAAUCAAUUUUAAGCCUAAACUUUGCAUAACAGCAUAAAAAUUGAACGUAAGCCUAAAGUAUUCAAUUUAAGCCUAAAACUUAACUUUAAACCUAAACUACAAAUUUUAAGUCUAAGAUACUAAUUUUAAGCCUGAAAAUUGAUUUUAAGCCUAAAAAAUUGACUUUAAGCCUAAAAAUUUAUUUUAAGCCUGAAAAAUCGAUCUUAAGCCUGAAAAACUAAAUCUAAGCCUAAAAUACAAACUUUAAACCUAAAAAUUAAUUUUAAGCUUAAAAAAUUAAUUAUAAGCCUAAAAAUUGAUUUUAAGCCUAAAAAUUGAUUUUAAGCCUACAAAUAGAUUUUCAGCCUAAAAAAUUAAUUUUAAGCCUACAAAUUUUAUUUAAGCCUAAAAUACUAAAUUUAAGCUUAAAACACUAACUUCAAACCUAAAAAAUUGACUUUAAGCCUAAAGAAUUAAUUAUAAGCCUAAAAAUUGUUUUUACGCCUAAAAUACUAAUUUUGAGCCUACACAUUGAUUUUAAGCCUAAUAAAUCCAUUUUAAGCCUAAAAACUAAAUUAAUUUUGAAAAGCUCAUUUUAAGCCUAAAAAUUCAUUCCAACUUUUAAAAAUUAAACUUAAGCCUAAGAACGUACUAAUAAGCCUAAACCUUUUAUUACCGGUCCAAUUUCAGCCGACUAGACAAGCACCAAACCAGUGACAAUGAGACCGAAACCAGUUCAUCGGCCGCCUCUUCUCGAGGUUCCGACCAGUCGGAGCCUCUCGGGCCAGUAACUCUACUAUCACCUACCGAUGCCUACCAUGCUUUGGGUUCGAGAACUUACUUGAAAGACACCGAGUACGAUGACAAUGCCAUUGAAAUGCGUGAAUUCAAGAUUGAACCGGUCUAA